CAUUAAUAUGAGGAAGCUGAAAGUGGGUUAGCUGAUGAGAGAAAAGGAGGUUGUGCGAGAGCCAGAAAGGGAAAAGAAACACCCGACAUCUUUCCUUUAGCCUCGAAUCGCUUCUGUUUUACCCUUUUUUUUAUCUAUACGUAUAAUCCUUCGGAGCGUUUGUUUGGAUUUCUUUCGAAAAACCUGGAAAGAAAAAUCAGUUCGUCGCCUCAGAUUCAGACAUCCGAAACGCUAAGAUAACCUGUGCUAAGCUAACCUGUGCUAAGCUAACAUAACCCAAGUUAAGUAUUCGUUUCAUAACGUUUUACCUUUCCGUUCUUUUCUUCCGUUUUGUUUCUUAGUCAAAUAGCAAAUAGCUAUACUUAAAAAUAAAACACAAACAAACGAACAAAAAAAAAAGUUUAUAUAAUUGUUUAGAUACAAUUUUCUAGCGCGCGCGCACUGAUUUUAACACCGGAUCUGAUUUUGUAUUUAAAAGCUAAAUCGGGCUUACGUGUUGUUUAUAGCUCAAGGUCUUCUGCACUGCACUGAGGAUAACAUAGCCGGCGUUAUUUCUUUGAGAAAAGGGUGUAAUUGGAAGAAAGUAAGAGGAAAAUGGCCGGUGUGAACAGUGUAGAAGCGGUGAAGCGUAAGAUUAAAGUUCUUCAGCAACAGGCGGAUGAAGCCGAGGAGAGAGCCGAAGUCCUGCAGAGGCAGCUCGAAGAGGAAAAACGUUCCAGGGAGCAGGCCGAGUCGAACGUUGCUUCUCUGAACAGGCGCAUCCAGCUGGUCGAAGAGGAACUGGAUCGAGCUCAGGGGAGGCUCACCACAGCUUUGCAGAAACUGGAGGAGGCAGAGAAGGCUGCAGAUGAGAGCGAGAGGGGCAUGAAAGUGAUUGAAAACAGGGCUCUAAAGGAUGAAGAGAAGAUGGAGCUGCAAGAGGUCCAGCUGAAGGAGGCCAAGCACAUUGCAGAGGAAGCCGACCGCAAAUACGAGGAGGUGGCUCGUAAGCUUGUCGUCAUCGAGGGUGAUUUGGAGCGCACAGAGGAGCGAGCAGAAGUUGCUGAGGCCAAAUGUGCGGAAUUGGAGGAGGAGCUGAGAAAUGUCACCAAUACCUUAAAGUCCUUGGAGGCCCAAGCUGAGAAGUAUUCCCAGAAAGAGGACAAGUACGAGGAAGAGAUCAAGAUUCUCACGGAUAAGCUGAAAGAGGCCGAGACCCGUGCUGAGUUUGCAGAAAGAUCGGUGACCAAACUUGAGAAGACUAUCGAUGAUUUGGAAGAGAGGCUCGCCACCGCUAAAGAGGAGAACAUCAAGAUCCACGCCACGCUCGACGCCACCCUGCAGGAUCUCAACAACUUCUAAAAAAUUCCGCCCCCUCUCAUUCCCUUCCUCACCCCAUCUUUCUCCCCACUUUACCCCAUUCGGUUAUUGCUGGGUGGCUGAACAAGGGCGUUCCUUUUCUUUGGUGUUGGUAGCACUUUAGCUUCAUUCCUAACUUUCCAGCUUCAGCCCUCAGCAUUUUCCUGGUUUCCCUUAAUUUUUUUUUUAUGUAUCUAGGUGUUUGUUUUUUUUUUCCCCCUCUUUUUUUUUUUUUUUUUUUUUUUUAAUUACUAUUUUUGUGUAGACUUCCCCCCCCCCCUUCUUUAAAAGGGGCUGCAUAUGAUAAGGCACCAAAGUCUGCAAUUCAAAAUACUCCUGAUUUUGAUUGAUUCAUUCCGUAAUUAUAUGCGAUUAGGUAAUGAGAUGAGACCACGUUCAUUUUUUUUUUUCCCUUUCAGAUUUCUGUAUUCCGGUUGGUUUACUUGUCCCACAGUGCAAUAUUAACACAAUAUAGUAUAAAGAUUUGGAAAGGUUGCAGUGACUCUGUAAUCGAACUAUUUUUUUUUCCUGCCACAUUCGUUUUAACACUUGAGCACUUCAUUAUAACACAUUUGUAUUUUACUGUGCCAGUGACCUGCAGGACUAUUCUAAUAUCAUAUUGUACUCUUAGCCAUGCGUUUUGCUUAGAAAAGAGUUAAGCCCCAUUUAUUAAUCAUGCUGAAACAUCUGUCUUUUUUUUAUUAGUUUGUUUUUUUUCUUGUUCUGCAAACAAAACAAAAGCGACCAACUCUGAACGGUUUGGAAUCAGCCUUUCCAUUUCUUUAGGUCUUGGGUGUAGAGCAACAAACACUAGGCAUCAGAUUUGAGUUUGGUCUAAGAUGAGAAAAAUGGCCAAGUUAGACACGGGGACGUCACAUUUCCACUGCCAAAAUCAUGGUGAAAGGGUCAAAUAGAGAGGGUGAGAGAGAAUAGUGAAAGGUAUUAUCUCUUCAGUGUACACAUGUAGAGUGAGUUAAGUACUUCAAAGCACCAAGAACCUUUUUAACUGGAAUUGCAAAGUUCAGGAUGUAAACAUUUUGCUAUCAGUGUUUCAUUGUAAUAAUGACGAGAUCAAAAAUUGAAUUUUUUUUUUAAAUAAAGUACUAUAACACUUAA